CGGAAAAGGAAAUGCAACAUCGUCAUCUGCAAGUGCCUGUUGUCCUGGCUGGCUCGCUACUGUUUGUUGUGGCGCGGAUUGCGUUUCCCCUCCUGACAAAAAGGAUUUUUUUGGCACUGAAUACUCCACUGUGGCAGCAGGAGUGCGCGGCAUCAAUGUCGGAGCGCUUCUGGGUCUAGGGCACAGUCAUGACAAGUCGUUCGCCACAGCCACAGUUGUUCCGAACUCCAGAGCAUCGAAUUCAAAAGUUCCUUCUGCAGCAGCUGCCUCGAGUGCCUCCUCGGCUUCUUUACUUACUCCCCAAGGUCCACGGCUAAAGACUUUUCCGAACGCCGACGCGGCUAGUCAACUGGACUACAUCCCCUCUCUGUUGUCAUCAAUUCCAGAUCG